AUGGUGACUACUAGAGAGUCGCCCGAUGUCAUCCAAACCCCUCUCGACGCCAUCGAAGUAGACCUAAACCCCGUUGUCAACGAAGAAAUUUUCCUUGACGACCGCUCAGAAAGUGGCGAACAGGAAAAUAUCGAUAAUGAACAAGGAAAUGAUGUCGACAGAGACAACUCACCUAAUACAGGUCCACAACCUACUGAAAGACGACGUGGACAGGGCAUUUGGGGAGGAAAUUGGGUCUAUGAGAACGAUAUCGUCGAAAAUGAGAGAAAUGAUGAGGAAGGAAGAAAUGAUGGGGACGAGGGGAUCGUGACGACACGUCACGGACAAAUUAUUCGACCCCCCCACCGUUUCGCAGGCCUAACAGACUCGUUCCUAGACUUCAGUCGCGAGCCUAAUAAGUUAGUCUCACUCGCCUCUAUCGCAGGUAUCGAAAGUGAUACUUCUCUCAUUGAUCCUAUCUCUCCUGAAGAAGCAGUAAACGGCCCAGAUGGUGAGAAGUGGCUAGAAUCCAUGGAGAAAGAGAUAUCCAACAUAGAAUCUAAGGAUACAUGGGUGGAGACGGUACUUCCACCGGGACGAAAAGCCAUUGGAUGUAAAUGGGUAUUCAAAGUGAAGACAGAUUCUGAGGGAAACUUACUAAAGUACAAGUCACGACUAGUAGCUCAAGGUUUCUCACAGAUACCAGGUGUCGAUUACGAAGAAACAUUCGCACCUGUAGGUAGAUCGGGGUCAUUGCGAAUACUCUUGACUAUAGCAGCAACUGAAGAUCUUGAAAUUCGUCAGGCCGAUGUCGAAGGGGCGUAUUUAAACGGUAAACUCGAUGUCGAAAUUUACAUGAAGUAUCCCAAAGGGAUAAAGCCGAAACCUGGAUGUAAUACCUUGAAGUUAAUAAAGUCUCUUUACGGUUUAAAGCAAUCUGGUAGGACAUGGUGGAUAGAACUCGGCGAAGGAUUAUCUCACCUAGGUUUUUCAAGAAUCGAAUCAGAUUGGGGUCUUUACUACAGACCAGAAGGGAAAAUCGAAGGAAAGGGAGCAGCAAUACUGCUGGCCUAUGUCGAUGAUCUGGUAUUAGCCAGGAAAUCGAAGGAAGAAGCUAAGGAAAUUUUCGAUGGGCUAGGUAAAAGAUGGAUAAUAACCGACCUGGGGGAGAUAAGUACUAUCUUAGGUAUGAAGGUAACAAGGAACAGAGAAGAAAAGACGAUAUGGUUAAACCAACCAGCGUACAUCGAUAAGAUAGUUCAGAAGUUUCCAGAAAACGACUUACAUCGAGACCGAAAAACACCGUUACCUCUUACUGCGAAAAAUCCUUCGAUGUCGGAGGUGGAAAGUGAAAUUCGACCAUUUCAAGAGUUAAUAGGAUGUCUACAGUGGUUAGCCACAUGUACUCGACCUGACAUAUCAUAUGCAGCCUCAUACCUUGCUAGGUACCUUACCAAACCGACGAAGAAAGUAUGGGAGGAAGGGAUAAUGGUAAUUACCUACCUUCGGUCCACUCGUUUACAUGGUAUUCGUCUCGGUGGCGAGGCUAGCGAUCUAGCAGGAUGGGUUGAUGCCGAUUGGGCAGGUUGUAAAGACACACGACGAUCAACUACUGGUUGGAUAUUUAUGAUGAACGACUCACCGAUAACAUGGAGUUCAAAAAGACAAGCUACGGUAUCGUCGUCGACAGUGGAAGCAGAGUACAUCGCGAUGGCUGAAGCAGCGAAGGAAGCUCAGUGGUUGAGAGGAUUAUUGAGGGAGAUAGGCUACGAUCAGCUAAAUCCUACUAUAUUAAAUUGCGAUAAUCAAGGAUCGAUAUCACUAGCGAGAAAACCUGGUACUCACCAGAGGACAAAACAUAUUGAUAUUCGACAUCAUGCCCUUCGAGAUCUAGUCAGUAAUAAAGUUAUUGAACUAGAAUACGUCAGCACUGUCUAUCAGCGAGCAGAUGUACUCACGAAAGCUUUAGGUGGACCAGUACAUUCG